AUGUGGCUUUUGCCGUGCCAAGGCGUCGUUCCAAGACGCAAAACUCCGUCCCAUGUUAUGUGCUCCCCGUAUGUGCCAAGCCUGUCGGCACAUAACCAGUGUCCCUGGAUUUUCCGUUGCGCCAUGUCUUGCAGUGUUAUUAGGCAAGACGCCCCCCAAAAAAAGGAAGAAGACCAAUGUUGCAGCGACUCAAUGAAGAGUGCCGCAGCCAAGUUGUUACAAAGAAAUGCAUUGCUCGUUGCCUGCGUCUCGCAUUUCGCUCUCGUCAUGGAAAAAAAAAAUGUGAACGCCCGUAUUUGCCUUGCUUCGUCAAAGGCGACGUCAUCGUGGCCGACUGGCAAUCAGACCACGCGACCUCGCCACACUCGGGUUGCAGCGUCGUGA